CACUCCCUGCUCACAUAGGAGGUAACUGAACUGACCACCUGACCUAAUGAUGCCGUAAGGAUGGUAGCUCUGGUCCACGACGUUACUGCGCAUUCCUCCACCACUAAGCUAGAGUAAUGCCUGAUGUCCACCAGAUGCAUGUGCGUUUUGUUUUGCUGGAUGUCUAGCCCGCAUUUUCCGUACAAUUAAUUUGAAAAUGAAUGACUUCCGCCGUAUCGCAAAGAGUUUGAUGCGUCCAGUGGACGUGAGGCGUAACAGGCAGUUAACGCCCUGGACCAGAGCUAUUAGGAUCGCUAUAACGGGUUGUUGCAACGUGGGCGUCAACAUGGAACCACACGCGCUAUUAUUUGACACCGAUGUCCAUUUCCGUUCCAUGUCGCGACCAAAUCGUCUCGGGACGCGGUAAUCGGUUUAUUCUCUGGUUUUCGUCUAUCUUCAGAGAAGCGAACUAAACGGAACGAACCGAACGUAAUCAUGCCCUGUACGUGUGGGAACUGGAGACGGUGGAUCCGACCUCUCGUGGUCUGCCUCUACGUAGCUCUGCUACUCGUGGUUCUGCCGCUGUGUGUCUGGGAACUACAGAAGUCUGAGGUGGGGACCACAGUAAAGCCUGGUUCUGUGUUUCAGGUGGGGACCCACAGUAAAGCCUGGUUCAUAGCUGGAGUGUUUGUGUUCAUGACCAUCCCCAUCUCUCUGUGGGGCAUCCUGCAACACCUGGUACACUACACACAGCCUGAGCUACAGAAACCCAUUAUCAGGAUCCUGUGGAUGGUACCCAUCUACAGUGUGGACAGUUGGAUCGCGCUGCGCUACCCCAGAAUAGCCAUCUACGUAGACACGUGUAGAGAGUGUUACGAGGCCUACGUCAUUUACAACUUCCUCAUCUUCCUGUUAAACUACCUCUCUAACCAGUAUCCCAGUUUGGUGUUGAUGCUAGAGGUUCAGGAACAACAGAAACACCUGCCACCUCUAUGCUGCUGUCCACCAUGGGCAAUGGGAGAGGUGUUGUUAUUCCGCUGUAAGCUGGGGGUUCUACAGUACACCGUCGUCAGGCCCCUAACUACAGUGAUAGCACUUGUCUGUCAGUUGUGUGGUGUGUAUGACGAGGGAAACUUCAGCAACAGGAAUGCCUGGACCUACCUGGUCAUAGUCAACAAUAUCUCUCAACUGUUUGCCAUGUAUUGUCUGGUGCUGCUGUAUAAAGCCUUGAAGGAUGAACUGAGUCAGAUUAGACCCGUUGGGAAGUUCCUCUGUGUUAAAAUGGUCGUCUUCGUCUCGUUCUGGCAGGCAGUGUUGAUAGCUAUACUGGUGAAAGUCGGAGUGAUCUCUGAUAAACACACCUGGGACUGGGACAGUGUUGAGGCUGUAGCCACCGGACUACAGGACUUUAUCAUCUGUGUAGAGAUGUUUCUAGCAGCUAUAGCCCACCACUACAGCUUUACCUAUAAACCGUACAUACUGGAGGCAGAGGAGGGAAGCUGUUUUGACUCCUUCAUGGCCAUGUGGGACGUGUCUGACAUCAGAGCAGACAUCUCAGAGCAGGUCCAACACGUAGGUCGGACGGUCCUGGGCAGACCCAAUAAGAUGUACUUUGGCUCCACCAGCCGUCCUCAACACACUGAACACACAGGUCUCCUGUCGGCUGCGUCCCAGGGAGGGUCAGAGCAAGACAUCAUCGUCGCGGAAACCGUCUCCGUCCCCGCCUCCCCUCUGUCGGGUCACUACCAGGGGCUAGGCCACACCCCAAAGCCAUACUCUUACUCCGCCCCCUCCGGGUUCAUUUCUUCUGAUUGGGAUGAGGACAGCGAGGAGAAACAAUCGGAGACCGGUGCAGGGGUUUCGCACCCUGGUGACAUCGCUGGCGACACCCCCACCGCCGACAUCACUGCGAGGGGUGACUUCAUUCGUGACAUCUCAGAUGGCGACGCACCUAGUGACAUCAGUGCUGACGUCACUCGUGACACUGGCCACGCCCUCAUUGACAUCAGUGCUGACGUCACUCGUGACACUGGCCACGCCCUCAUUGACAUCAGUGGCGAAGUCCCCGGUGAAAUGAGUGGUGACAUUACGAGUAACAUUACUUUUUGCACGUAGGAGGGGUGUUACUGGUCCAGAGUGUGUUCCUUCCUGUCUCGUGACUCCUCCCCUUCACCCUGACUGGCUGAGACACGCUGGCUUACUCUAAACCAAUGUUUUUAAAGGGGCAGUGGACACAAUUCAGAAAGAAGGGUUUAACCAGUCAAGGAGAGUUUGGACCCAUGUUGGUGUUGUAUUUGCCAUAACAAUAGAUUCAUUAUAAAUAACUUUAUAAAUGAUGUUUAUAAAACACUAAUGUCAAGUUUGGCAAAAUAAUGUGAUAUAAUUGUUUUCGUUACUAUAAUUACUAUUGUUUUAAUAUUUUGUAAUUAAUCAUUUUUGGAUAACAAUGCUAUUUUAUUGACCGUAUUUUGUCAUUAUCCGUUUUAUUAAUUAAUUUAAUAUAUAUUAAUACAUACAACAAUUCAAUUCAAUAUAUAUAUAUAUAUAUAUAUAUAUAAUAGACUGAACUACAGCUAAUCAUUAUUACAGGCAUGUUACUGAAGACAAUACACAGCCUCUUCACGCCAUAGCAGACCACCAUGCUUCUAUUCAGCAGUAGGAUGCCAUUGACUUGUCAGCUGAUUCAUUCAACGACCUUCUUCUGUUGUCUUGGUAAUAAAACCAUUAUAAAAUG